CUAAAUUUAUUCAUUUCAAAAUGUCUUUUAAAUGUAUAUAUUUUUUUAUAAUAUUCGGUAACAACUUUUUGACGGCGUAUACCCAGAAUGAGUCCAAUGUCGACCCUUACACUACUUUCGACUUAAAGACUGGAAGGUGCUUGGACUGCACUGAAGAAAAUAAAUUGCAGUGCCGAAUCGAAGAUACCGGAUAUAGUUGCUAUGAGGGCAAAAUGUUAAGGCGCCAAGAAAAUUCGAGGGAUGACUUUCCCAAAACAACUAGCGAUUUGGACGUUUGCAUCCCACCUGGCAUGAAAAUCAAAAAUAAGAAGGCGAAAAUUUGCUGCGUUUGGUCACCCAAUACAGGCUGUCAAAUAUUAUUAGCUAAAGACCACCCAGGCGAGUCUUGUUUUACAUGCAGAGUGAAAUACAAACUGGAAUACAACACCUUAAAGUCCUGCCCGUGCAUAGAAAAUGAAGGCACCGUACAUUGCUUUGGGAUCUCUUGGCACUUCUACAUUUUUACAUAUUUUUUGACCAAAUUAUUUUCCAGGUGAAGGAACGUAUUAAGGAUGUAAAUGUAACUUAAAGUUUUCAAAUAUAUUUA